AUGGCUACAAUCAUGAAGAAUUCAAACACACUGCGAAAAGCCCUCAGUACCGGCUCAGGCCUCUCGUUCGGCGCGUGGCAGAUGCUCCCCGGCACGCACCUGUCGCGGACGAUUGCCCGGGCAGGCUUUGACUGGAUCUGUAUUGAUUGCGAGCAUGGCAAUAUUGCAGACAACGAGAUGCACGAAUCCGUCCACGCCGUCGCCUCUUGCAACGUGAGCCCCAUCGUGCGCAUUCCCGCAAACGAAGGCUGGAUGGUCAAGCGCGCCCUGGACGCCGGUGCGCACGGCAUCAUCGUGCCCUUGCUGUACAGUGCCGACGAUGCGAGAAGGCUGGUGCAGACAGCAAAAUUCCCGCCGUACGGCAAAAGAGGUUUCGGCAGCCCCUUCUCCAUGGGCGCGUUCGACAGCAAAGGCGAGCUGUCUGGGUUUGAUUACAUGAACAACGCCAAUGAGAAUCUCUUGACUAUUGUCCAGAUCGAGACCAAGGAGGCUUUGGACUGUGUCGAGGAAAUCGCAAAGGUGGAUGGUAUUGAUGUGCUUUUCAUCGGACCGUGGGACUUGGGCAACAACAUUGGCUACCCGGUCAAAGGAGACUUUAGCCCGGAGCUGAAGGAGGCCAUUGGGAGAAUACUGAAGGCCGCCCAAGCCGCCGGGAAGUGGUCAGGGAUAUACUGCCCCUCGGGCGAGGUGGCGCGACAAUAUGCCGACAUGGGAUUCCAGAUGAUCUCUGUUGUGAACGACAUGACUGCGGUUCCGGUAUUCAUGGCCGAGUCCUUAUCCAAGGCCAAGGGGUCAUAUGGCCAUGCGGCCGCCCAGGCAGUCAAGGGCGCCGCAUACGGGGCGGUGAACAUGGUGACGCAGGACAAGAAGUAA